AUGCGUCGUCCGAGACCUGUGGCUGUCAGGCGCGCCGGACGGAGGGAGCAGGUUGGUGUCACCGUUUUUCCCUUACAUUUUCAGGUGCCUAAGGUCUGUGGUGAGCCUACGGUCAUCAGGGAGGAGCCUGCUGUCCAGGAGGAAACCCAGGUGCCGCUGCAGGUCUCCACAGAUAAGGUUGCUUCUUUUCCUCUACCUAGUGAUAGUGGUACUGUUAGUGAACCUCAGUCCGUUUGUGGUCGUGUGGCAAUGGUCGCGAGGGAUUGUUGGGGAAUUAGGUUAACUAAGGUUGUGCGCGGAUCUUUUCACCAGGGGGAUAGCAGGUUUAGUUACGGAGGGAUGCAGUGCAUGGCCAUUGCUGCAAGUAGUAUAGCUAAGCAUGUGGUGAAAAGCGUGUUUUCGUGGGAGACACGGGAGCUCGAUCGCAUUCUGUAUUCCGGCGAUGAAUUUUACAGUAGUUUGCGCAACCUGGGUAUUUUUAGCCAUCCGUCGCAUUUUUUGUCCGUGCCGGAUCUACCUAGUAAUGUACUUAUUGACGAGCAGUUGUUUUGUUUUCAUUUUAGUCAACACCCAGCAUCUGGUGCUGUGGGUGUUGAGCAGGAAAACGGUCCUUUUGUGACUCUGCGUAAUGGAUUAGAGGGAAUUUUCAGUCAGUACAGCAUGUGUCUGCUGACACUGGUAACGUCUACAUCUGCCAUCAUCUGUGAGGAUGGACAGUUCGCUGUGGUCGACAGUCACUCACGUAGUAGCUGUGGCCUGGUCGAUCACAACGGUACCAGUGUAAUACUGCACUUCUCCUGUUUAGAUGACCUGCAUCACUACAUCUGUUGUUUAGCUGACGCUCUCAGUCCAGGGCUGAAGCCUUUUGAGCUGUGUGGCGUUAGGGUUAGUGUAGGUGCAAGUCCAGCAUUGUCUGGAGCUUCUGUAGAGAGUUGCAUCUUUGAGAUGAACACUACUGCAGCACCUGAGCUUACUGACAUCAAAGAUGUUUGUGCCACCACCUCCUUGUUUGAGAGUGAUGCUGGUCCAGCUGUGAGCCACGCACAAUCCGGUGUUUCUGUGGAGAGUGGCUUCAUAGAGAUGAGCACUGUUUCGGCACCAGGAUUUAGUCACCUUGCAAAAAAUUCUGCAGCCCCAUCUGUGUGUCACAGUGGGAAUGGUGUUGAAGCGAGCCCAGCACUGUCUGGCGCUUCGGUUCUCACUUUUUUAAGUGAAGUUAGCAGUGGCUCAACAGCAGAAUUUGUUGCCUCUGAUGGCAAAAAGCGUAAGAUCUUUUCCCGUGAACGCAUGUCUAAACAAUCCAAGCGUUUUGACAGCAAUAUAGACAACUCUGAUGUAGUGUUUAUCACUGCAUCAGAGAGUGGGAAACUGUUUUUCCGUCCCCUCGGUGAAGACGUUUGUAGGGCUUUGUGUAGUCAAUUAAAAGUACAUUUUGUGAAAGUCGGUGGUCUGGUGCAUAGAGAGGUGGGCUACUUAGGUGUUCCCUGCCUUAGCGAGAAAAUAGUUCCGGAUGGGAACUGCUUUUUCAGAGCUGUUUCUCAGGCUGUCAGUGGUUCACAAAAGAACCAUCGUAAGAUUAGACUGGCAGCCUGUCGAGAGCUAGAAAAGAAUGAGGCUAGGUAUCGGGGUCUUUUGAGGAGCGAGAUGUCUCUUUUACAGUACAUCAAGCAGUCCAGGAUGAAGUGUGUCAACACUUGGGCCACAGAGGUUGAAAUCCAGGCCACUGCAGAUUAUUUAGGCAUUGACAUUUUUACUUUUCAUGAUGGUCGUUGGCUAAAGUAUCGUUGCAGCAGUAAGUGUUUGUCAGCGGACUGCAUUUACUUGGAAAAUGUCGGGGGCCAGCAUUUUGAGUACGUUGUUUGUGUUUUAAAGCCUGGACUGCACAGUUGUCAUGGUUAUUGUAAAUUAGGCUGGGAUAUAGGCUGUAGCACUAGGUCUUCAGUGAAAGAUGGAGCGGAGCACCCAUACCAGGAGUCGACCCCGGGCCGCCUGAGGGAUGUCCAGGAGGAAGCCCAGGUGCCGCUGCAGGUCUUCAUAGAUAAGGUUGCUUUUUUUCCUCCCCCUAGUGGUAGUGUUAGUGAACCUCAGUCCGUCUGUGGUCGUGUGGCAAUGGUCGCGAGGGAUUGUCGGGGAUUUAGGUUAAGUAAGGUUGUGCGCGGAUCUUUUCACCAGGGGGAUAGCAGGUUUAGUUACGGAGGGAUGCAGUGCAUGGCCAUUGCUGCAAGUAGUAUAGCUAAGCAUGUGGUGAAAAGCGUGUUUUCGUGGGAGACACAAGAGCUCGAUCGCAUUCUGUAUUCCGGCGAUGAAUUUUACAGUAGUUUGCGCAACCUGGGUAUUUUUAGCCAUCCGUCGCAUUUUUUGUCCGUGCCGGAUCUACCUAGUAAUGUAGUUAUUGACGAGCAGUUGUUUAGUUUUCAUUUUAGUCAACACCCAGCAUCUGGUGCUGUGGGUGUUGAGCAGGAAAACGGUCCUUUUGUGACUCUGCGUAAUGGAUUAGAGGGAAUUUUCAGUCAGUACAGCAUGUGUCUGCUGACACUGGUAACGUCUACAUCUGCCAUCAUCUGUGAGGAUGGACAGUUCGCUGUGGUCGACAGUCACUCACGUAGUAGCUGUGGCCUGGUAGAUCACAACGGUACCAGUGUAAUACUGCACUUUUCCUGUUUAGAUGACCUGCAUCACUACAUUUGUUGUUUGGCUGACGCUCUCAGUCGAGGGCCCAAGCCUUUUGAGCUGUGUGGCGUUAGGGUUAGUGUAGGUGCAAGUCCAGCGUUGUCUGGAGCUUCUGUAGAGAGUUGCAUCUUUGAGAUGAACACUGCUGCAGCACCUAAGCUUAGUGACAUCAAUGUUUGUGCAACCACCUCCUUGUUUGAGAGUGAUGCAGGUCCAGCUGUGAGCCACGCACAAUCCGGUGUUCCUGUGGAGAGUGGCUUCAUAGAGAUGAGCACUGCUCCGGCACCAGGAUUUAGUGACCUUGACAAAGAUUUUGCAGCCCCAUCUGUGUGUCAGACUGGGGCUGGUGUUGAAGCGUGCCCAGCACUCUCUGGCGCUUCUGUUCUCACUUUAAGUGAAGUUAGCAGUGGCUCAACAGCAGCAUUUGUUGCCACUGAUGGCAAAAAGCGUUCGUUUUUUUCUGGUGAACGCAUGUCAAAACAAUCCAAGCGUUUUGAUAGCGUUCUAGUCAACUCUGAUGUAGUGUUUGUCUCUGCAUCUGAGAGUGACAAACUGUUUUUCCGUCCCCUUGGUGAUGACGUUUGUAGGGCUUUGUGUAGUCAAUUAAAAGUAGAUUUUAUGAAAGUCGGUGGUCUGGUGCAUAGAGAGGUGUGCUACUUAGGUGUUCCCUGCCUUAGCGAGAAAAUAGUUCCGGAUGGGAACUGCUUUUUCAGAGCUGUUUCUCAGGCUGUCAGUGGUUCACAGAAGAACCAUCGUAAGAUUAGACUGGCAGCCUGUAGAGAGUUAGAAAAUAAUGAGGCUAGGUAUCGGGGUCUUUUGAGGAGCGAGAUGUCUCUUUUAGAGUACAUCAAGCAGUCCAGGAUGAAGUGUGUCAAGACUUGGGCCACAGAGGUUGAAAUCCAGGCCACUGCGGAUUAUUUAGGCAUUGACAUUUUUACUUUUCAUGAUGGUCGUUGGCUACAAGGUCAGUUGUGGAUUUGCUUUACUUGUCAUAGUAAGAUCAGUAAAGGUCAAUUCCCAGCUGAAUGUUGGAACAACAACUUAGCUGUACACCUCAUUCCUCCAGAACUGGGAUGUCUGAAUAGCUUAGAGCAGCACCUGAUAGCUUUACGUAUCCCUUUUAUGAAGGCGUUGGCGUUGCCUAAGGGUGGUCAGAAUGGUGUACACGGGCCCGUUACUUGUGUUCCGGCCAACAUUGUACAAACCACCAAUGUGUUGCCGCGGUCCAGUAUGGAGGGGUCUCUGCUUCAAGUUAAGUUAAAACGGAAAUUAACCUACAAAGGACACUACGAGUAUCAAUUUGUUGACUCGUGGCGUGUCAGGCGUGCUAUAGAGUACUUAAAGAGAACUAAUGUCUUGUAUAAAGACAUUGAGUUCAACGAGGAAUGGUCAAAUGAUUUUUGUAGGGAGGAAGAGGUUGUUGUAGAGGCUGGUCAGGUUAAGCAGGUUGUUGUUGACACACAGUCCAGUGAGGAUGAGGCUGUAGAGCAGGAAAUUGGGGCAGAAGAGGAAUCCGAAGACAUAGCACAAGAUGAAAUGUUACAUGACAGACAACAGCACUGCAUGUUUCAGGACACUUGUCUUAUGCCUGUUGAUAUCGGUCAGGAAGCAUUAGAUCAGUAUUUUGCGGAUGUUGUAUGUCUGGCCCCCGCGGAAGGUAAUAGUCCGGUUAGAAUGCUUUCUGACAAAUUAAAUGAGGCGAAGUGUUUCCCUGUGCUGUUUCCGACGAGCACUAAUACAUUCCACACCCGCCGCACGCAUCGCUUAACAUUGUCGCGCUACUUUAAUAAUCGCAUAAUGCACGCCGACGGCCGUUUUGCGCGCAAUGUGGAAUACAUAUUCUUUAGCCAGUAUAUGUCCGAAUUAGACAAAGUGAUAAGUAGUAUUUCGGUCGCCAUGCGUAAAGGUAAGGGGGGUCAGCAUUCUCAGCGGAUUUCCCCGGGCAUGCUCAAAGACGACGAGUCUCUGAAGCGCUUGCUACAGUUCGAUGACGGUUUUCGUUUCCUUCGGCCCAUUCGCGGGACGCCAGCUUUUUGGUCUUCCGUUCAGAAAGACCUUUUGGCUUGUGUCCGCCAAUUGGGGAUUCCUACAUGGUUCUGCUCUUUUUCGUCUGCUGAUUUGCGCUGGCAAAAUCUCCUUGCCAGCAUCCUGAGACAGGAAGGCAGACAGCAGACAGUAGAACAGUUAGAGUGGGCCGAUAGGUGCGAGCUGUUGCGUCGCAACCCGGUCACAGCCGCGAGGAUGUUUGACUACAGGUGGCACUGUUUUUUGAAGGAAGUACUCAUGUCCCCGUCUCAACCAGUUGGCAAGAUUGUAGAUUUCUUUUAUCGCAUUGAGUUCCAGCAGCGUGGGUCCCCCCAUGUUCAUGCGCUGUUUUGGAUUGAGGGAGCUCCCCAAAUUUAUAAAAACACAGAUGUAGAAGUUGCAGAGUUUGUUGAUAAAUAUGUGACAUGUGAGCUACCCUCUGGCGAUGACACACUAUUGGAAGUUGUGUCAUCGGUUCAAACGCAUUCAAAACGGCAUUCAAAGUCAUGUCGUAAAAAUAAAACGGUAUGUCGUUUCAAUUUUCCAAAACCCAUCUCUGCACGCACGUUCAUCUGCAAAAUCAAAGAAUGUGUUUGUCCUAAAAAGGGAACGGGGACAGAGGGUGAUCGCACUUCAGAAAACAGGCCAAAGUGCACCUGUUUUGACGAUGAGGGAAGGAAGAUGCCAAAGGAGGUUGCGAAGAUGUUUAUGGAGAGAGUAAAGAAUGCCAUGGGGAGGGAGGAGCCUUUUGGUAGUGUAGAAGAGUUGUUUGCCAGUGUGGGCAUCAACCAGGAAGUCUUUGAGCUCGCUUAUAGGCGGCUGGAGACUAAGAAUAAGGUGGUUUAUAGGCGAGGGGUAAACGACACCUGGGUUAACCAGUAUAAUAGGAAUCUAUUGAAGUGUUGGAACGCUAACAUGGACAUUAGCUUUGUCACUGACGCCUACGCAGUCAUCAUAUACAUCAUAAAGUACAUCACAAAAUCAGAGACCGAAAUGGGUCUGUUAUUGAGCAAUGCCCUUAAGGAAGCAAAUAAACUAGGAAAUCUCUCUGCUAAAGACGCUCUAAAGAAACUGGGCAGUGUAUAUUUACACAACAGAGAUGUCUGCGCUCAGGAGGCAGUGUAUAGGCUAAUGAGCAUGCAUUUGAAAGAAUGUUCCAGGAAGGUCGUGUUUAUUCCAACAGGGAAUAACAUUGUGCGGAUGAGUUUACCCCUCAGUGUGUUGUUGCAAAGGGCUUCCUCAGAGGGCCUUAGGUCCGAAAACAUGUGGAUGACAAGCAUUGUCGAGAGGUAUAAGAACAGGCCCGAUAGUGUCGUGUUUGAGGAUAUGUGCAUAGCCACGUUUUGUUCGGAGUAUCGUAUUCUCACCCAGAAUGAAAACUCGGACAAUAAAAUCGAACUUCAAGGGGGUUUAGGGUUCGUCUUGCGGAGAACACGAACGCAGUUUGCCGUCGUUCGCUACAUGCGGUUCAAAUUGGACAAACAGGAGGAAGCCCACUUUCAGAGUUUGCUGCAGUUGUUCCUUCCUUAUAGAACUGAUUUAGAGCUCAAGCCGGAAGGCUUUGAGUUCUACAAACAGUUCCACGAGGAAGGUAAUGUGACGUCGGCUGGUGGGACCGAGCGGCCAGUGCGAGACGUCGUCGAUGAAAACAGGGCAAAGUUUGAAGUGGACUGUCCUCGAUUAGAGCGUGCGCAGGAGAUUGCGGACAUGUUGGGCGGUGUUGAUGAGGAUGCGUGGGGGGACCUUUGUCCUGAACAGCAAGUCGAACACAUGGAAUGUUUAGAGGAGAGGCAGCAGCAGCAGCAGGGGGAAAUUAGGGACGAGCAGCUACUUGAAUUGGAGGAAAAUGUCCCCGAUUUGUUUGUUGGUGGUAAACAAGUAGCUACAAUCGAGAGAAACACCAACAUUUUGCCUAGAAGGGAGGGUUUAGCUCUGGUCCAUUCUCUCAAUGAGACGCAGAGGAGCAUUUUUGAUAGGAUUAGGAAAUGGUGCCUACAAAAGGUGAUGGGAAAAACCCCAGAACCUUUCCAUGUGUUCGUAACUGGUGGGGCAGGUACUGGAAAAAGCCAUUUGAUUAGAGCUAUCCAGUACGAGGCAGGGAGACUAUUGUCGCGUCUGUACCAACCGGAUGAAACCUGCGUACUCUUAACUGCUCCCACAGGCAUCGCUGCAUACAGUUUACAUGCAGCCACAAUUCACCACACCUUUAGUAUUGGCAUGCAGGUUAGUUUACCGUAUAUCCCUCUGGGUGAAGAUAAGAUAAACUCCUUGAGGGCUCAAUUUGGUCACCUACAAAUUCUAAUCAUUGACGAAAUCAGUAUGGUAGAUCAUCAUCUUUUAGCUUAUGUGCAUGGCCGGUUAAGGCAAAUUAAACAGACGGGGGACUUUUCUCCAUUUGGCAACGUUAGUGUUGUAGCUGUUGGUGACUUUUAUCAGUUGCCGCCCGUUAAAGGGAGGCCGCUGUACACCUGUCAGGUGGGUGUGGACCUCUGGUGUCAUUUCACAAAGGUAGAACUAAAAACAGUUGUGAGGCAAAAAGAUAGUGUCUUUUCUGAGCUGCUAAAUAGACUUAGAGUUCGGUCAAAGGAAACCCCCUUAUUGCAAAGCGACGUCGAUAUCCUCAAGUCUCGGGAGACGGGGGAACAGAGCGCUGCUUUGCAUAUUUAUCCCACGAAUAUGCAAGCCAGCGAGCAUAAUCUGAAGCGGUUAUUCGCAACCUGUCCAGAUUAUGUUACAAUUGAGGCCCAAGAUUUUAUUAACAGCAGGAAGACGGGUGAAUUAGAGCGCGUGGUCGGGCAUCAUGGUAAAACGUCGUACACGUGUUUGGCCAAGAGUUUGUGUUUGGCUCCGGAAGCACGUGUCAUGCUUUGUAAAAAUGUUGCUGUGGCAGACGGUCUGGUCAAUGGCGCAUGUGGAACGGUGACUUAUAUUCAAUUUGGAGCAGAUGAAGACUUCCCCCUCGUAGUCUAUGUCAAAUUUGAUGAUCCUAAGAUAGGCUCACAAAGGAGAAAGGAACGUUCCCAUGCUGCUGUAGAAUGCCCGCAUUCUACUGCCAUUGACCCCGUGGAGGAUUCGGCGACAAAACGCGGCGGUUUGCGUCGUCAGUUUCCUCUUAAACUCGCGUGGGCCUGCACUGUUCACAAAGUGCAAGGUCUAACUGUCGACGAGGCUGUCGUGUGUUUACACAAGAUUUUUGCAGCUGGGCAGGCGUAUGUCGCCCUCAGUCGUGUUAGGGAUAUAUCCGGCCUUGUGAUUACAGAUUUUGAGGAAAAGGCCAUUUACUGCAAGCACACAGUCAAGGGGGCAUUGGAUAGCAUGCCCCCAUUCCUACUUGAACAGCCACAGCCUUCAUUAGAAACUCCCUGUUUCUCUGUGUAUUUACUUAACGUCCAAAAUUUACGUUGCCACGUCGCUCAUUUGGUGUCUUGUACGCAGCAUUUACAGCCUACCUGUAUUGCUGUCACAGAGACGUGGCUCAGUGCACAAUCCUCAACAGACUGUGUCCAAAUAGAGGGAUACACUUUCCACAGUCGUCCUCGAGCCUUGUGUUACAGCAGCAAUGAUGUCAAAUUAUCUGAGAUUAGAGAUCUCGAACAUGGCGGAGUGGGAUUAUAUGUUGUAGAUAAUUCGGACUGUGAGAUUCUGCAGGUGCCCGAUUUAAAUCUGGAGUGCUUGGUGUGCCUGUUUACCAAAGAGAACCUUUUGAUGGCAUAUGCUGUGGAUUGUGCAGUGGUGUCCACUUAUUUCAGUGACCACGAAGCCAUCCUGUGUGGUUUUCGUGGUCAAGAUGAAGGUGAUACGUUUGAUUUGGAUGUCUUGUUUGCAGAUAGUUUUGCUGACGAAGAGGGUCCCUAA